UGCCCCCCGCACCCCGCGCUGCCCCCCCUGCCCGGACCCGUCCACGUCCCCCUGCCCGUGCUCCGGCUCACGGAGGAGGAGAAGCGGCUGCUGGAGCAGGAGGGGGUGACCCUGCCCGGGGACCUGCCCCUCACCCAGGCCGAGGAGCGGCUCCUGAAGAAGGUGCGGAGGAAGAUCAGGAACAAACAGUCGGCGCAGGACAGCAGGAGGAGGAGGAAGGAAUACCUGGAUGGGCUGGAGAGCAGAGCAGCCGCGUGCUCGGCCCUGAACCGGGAGCUGCGGGAAAAGGUCCGGGAGCUGGAGAAGAGCAACGGGUCCCUCCUGCAGCAGCUCCAGGCGCUGAUCAAGGAAACGUCCACCAAGGCUGCCCAGACCGGCCCCUGUGUCCUGAUCCUGUUCCUGUCCCUGGGCCUGAUCCUGCUCCCGAGCUCCAGCCCCUUCCAGCAGAAGGAGCACCGGGACGGCCUCGGACCCACCGGAGUGAUCUCCAGGAACAUCCUGACACGGCAGGAGCCGGGAGAGGCCGGAGACCCCCCGAUCCCGGGGUGGGGCUGGGGGGCACAGCCGGGAUUGGGAGCGGAGGACGGAGCCGGGGGGGGGUCUGGGGAGGGGUUCCCCCCUCCUGGAAGGGAUCCAGGGACCAAUUCCUCCGAGCAGGACAUGGGGACAGGGGGACACGGGGACGAGAUGUGACCUGGAGACCCCUCGGA